UCACGCCCCCCUGGGUAACGCUGGGAAGAAAUGGCUUCCUCGGGUGACUACCAGCUGCUCCGCGCUGUCGCGUUCAUCUGAGAGUCCCGCGCAGCUGCCCGGAGAAGGAGGGCGGGCGCGGUCCUGGACGUGCGCAGGAUCAUAUUGACUUUAAUGACUGAUUUGCGCCUUUUUCGUCUGCCCCUGAGUAGAAUUCUGCUUUAAGAAAAGAAGGGAAAGGUCCUAGGAAGUGAUGAUGGAGCACUGCCAUUCAUUCAAGUCCCUUGACUGUAGUAUGGUAAAGCCUGGGGUCAUGGUGAAGAUCGAGGAGGAAGAGCUGUAUGAUCCACAUUAUGACGGGCGCUCAGAGACCAGUACAGGGUAUCCUCUAAUGAAUCCAGAAACCAUGAUAAAAGAAGAAAGAAACGAGGAAGAUUCCUUUAUCAGGAAUGAAGAAAUGUAUGAGGAAGAAGAAAGUCCCGAGAGCAGCUUCGGUGAGCCGCUCUACAGAACAUCAUUUGACAUAAGUCAUUAUGUAAAAAAUGUUGUGGUGAAGCGCAAAAAAGAUGACGGUGCUCAUGGAAUAGUUGAUCAGCAGUUUGAAGAGAGGAUCAGCUCCCCUGAACCCAGUCCAGAGGAACCGGAAAUGUCCCGUGGCCGGCCUGUUUUUUCUGUAGAGAGCCAGACGGCCUACAAGGUGCGCCACAGAAGGAUGGCAAUAAGGGUUGAUGAGCUGAUCCGCCAAGUCCAGCGCCAUCCUGCGCUUUGGAAGCCUUCGGACCCUGGGUACAGUGACCGGUAUCGAAAAACAUCCGCGUGGCUCUCUGUGUGCCAGAACCUGUACCCGGAAUGGGAUGAGCUGGAUGAAGGAGAUAAAGGGAUCCUAGAGAAUCUUAUCCAGAAAAGGUGGAGGAGUGCCCGUGAUCAGUUUAGAAGGGAAGUGGUCCACUACGAAGGUCUGAGUGGGUCGGGUCCCCUUAACAAGAAGCCAUAUAUGUACCUUCAGCAGCUGAUGUUCCUGAAACCUGUCUUGGACCUACGGCCUGCAGUCACCAAAUCUGGAUCAGAGGCAGACUCCAAAGCAACCCGUGAACAGCAGCUGGGGGAGUCUGACCCUGAAGUGCCUGCAGCAAGACCAGCAGUGGUGGCAUCCGAGAGCUGCGUAGAGCCACCCACCAACCCCUCUGUCACUCCCACCUUCCAGCAAGCUCCACCAUCUCGACUUCCAGGGAAGAAAAGCAAGAAGACUGUUCCUAACUUCUCUACUGUGGAAACCUUUGAUGGCCAAGUCCUGGACUUUGUUCAGCGAAACAUUGAGGAGGACCCAGAGGAUGCGUUCUGCCGCAGCCUUGGACAUUACAUAAGACAAGUCCCUCAGGGAUGGAGAUUGCGGCUGCGUACCGCCAUCCAGACCCUUAUAGAGGGCUUCACUCCUCCCAACAACCCCGAACAGAUCCUUGGCUUACUCAGCCAGGUCAAGCUGGCACGUCCUGUUUGCGCGGCUCAACCAAUGCACAUUGAGUCCACCGCCUACCAGUCAUCAAGUCAGCCCAACAAGACUACCUCCACAUGUGCUUCUUAUCCACAGUCUUCUCCUCAUUCUUCUCACCGUCAUCAUCUGCCGCAAUCCAGACACUCUACAGGCUAUAGCCAUAAAUCUAAUCCCCAAUCAAACUAUACCAUCCUCUCUCUUCACGAGCACAGCCCUCUUAUGCCUUCCAACUCUGGUCUCUCUAAAACUUCUGUUUCAUCCCCCUCUCACAUGCUCCCCUCUGCUCUUUCCCCUAGUCAUUCCCACCAUUUGCCCACUUCACCUUCUUGUUCUGCCUUGUAUUAUGGGCCUACUCCCCAUACCCACCCCUCCUACACCGACUCGUGCUCUCCUGAUUCCCAUCAGUCCUCCCCCAUGAAUGUUUCAUCCUCCCCAUCUUCGCCUCCUAGGUUUUUAGACUUGAAUUAACCCUUUUUACAGGGGUCCAUCGAGAGCCCUUUUGUAUUUUAUGUAUAUGGUUUAUAUAUUUGGUCCAGUUUGGGUAACAUAGGUUAGGGAAAGAGUACUAAUAAAGUCAGUAUUAGAGUUGCAUGUGCUGCACUAAUCUAGGUAAAGAAAAGUGUCUUCCUCACUUCCUUUGCUGUAGUCAGUUGAUAAUUUCUCACGACGCGUCACGGUCCCACAUUUCCUGCAUACCAAUAGUGUGAAGUCACGGCAAGAGCGGAUGUGUAACCGGAGACUCGGGCUGCCAUGCAUGUUAGAUAGGGGUUAGACGAAAGCUGACAGCCCCAUGCAAGGUGCUGCUACCGCUGUCCCACAAAAGACGAACCUCCAAUUGUAAAAAUAUAAAAA